GACGCCCCACUCCUAGAUCUAUCAUCGAUGGAUGAUGCAGCGCCGCCGGCGAGGGACUGGUCAUCACUGCCCCUUGAUGCGCUAUCCUCGAUCUUCGUUAGGCUCGGCGCCGUCAACGUCCUCAUGGGCGCCGGCCUCGUGUGUCGCUCCUGGCUCGAGGCGGCGAAUUUUCCAGACGUGUGGCGAUCCGUCGACAUGGAUAAAGACGAGGCCGUGUUCCUAAAGGCCGAUGCCGUCCUGCGCAAGAUGGCGAAGGUAGCCGUCGAUCGUUCCGACGGACAACUCAGGGUGUUCGUCGGGAGGAUGUUUGUCACCGAUGAUCUCAUCAAAUAUAUCAUGGAAAGGUCGCCCUUGCUGACUACCCUUCGACUUGUAUCAUGCUUCGGGGUCUUCAGCAAACAAGUUGCUAGUGUCAUAAAAGAAUCACCUCUGCUGGAGCUGCGUUCUCUUGAACUUGAAAACAUUGACCUCACCAUGAGAGAACUGACUGCUGUGCUUGAGAGUUGCCCUAACUUGGAGGUUCUUGGGUUGCGCUAUUGUUUCUUGAUCAACUCCAAUGAUGAGCGUACCUUGCGGGCAAAAUUCACCAGGAUCAAGACCAUGACGCUCAAGUGGGAUGAUGAGUGUUGUAUCGAUUAAGAAGCUCCAACAAUGACCAUGCUCUUGAUUCUGAAGAUGAGAGGAUACAUUAUUCAGUGCGAUCUUUAUGAUCAGCAUACCUUAUUC